GGUUGGUUACACAGGCAAAGCCCAUCUUGGCGUCUAUUAAUAAAUACCAACAAACGAUCGCUGGUCCAAUAAGUCCAUUACUUUUUAGGCAGGUGACCUUUUUUUUUUUACAAUGCCACCAUGUUUAUUAGCCAUAACCGCAUAUCCACAAGGGGGCUCUGCAGGAACCAGCCCUAUUUCCUUGGUCUGCAUUCAGCUUGUGACCCUGUCAAACAGUCUUCUGAAUUAUAUCUAGGUAGCUGCAUUUCUCUAUCGACGCCACGACGCGAGGGCGCGCCAAAUAUAGGUAGCCGGAUAGUUGCGGGAUUCUUGGAAGUUUCCAAUUAAGAAAAAUGGUAAAUUUCUCGUAAUAUUAAUUUUCUUUAUUGUCAAAAGACCUUUUAAUAUCUCUUAUCAAUCUCUCCCCCUGUUCCCGUUUGCCUUUCUUCAUUCACAACUAACUACUACACUACAAAUCCAACAUCAUCAAUUCUCGACUCCCGGAUCGUAAUGGGAAACGUGCGCACGGCUUUUGCUCUCUCGGCGCUGGCUGCUGCAGCCGCGCAGGUGCAGGCCCAAGACCUCAACCAGACGAUUGUUGGCUGUGUCGACGUCGAGUGUCCAGUCAGCAGUACGAGCAAUGUAGACGACAAUUGCACCGUAGCAGAUACCGGCUCAUUUAUCUACGUCGGACUAACACGCGUACCGACUGGCAACGAUGCCCUCUCGGGGUUGUCAUGGUCCAAGGGCUUCAACGUCGGCUCGUCUGACAACAAAAGGGAGUUCCAGAAUACAUUCUAUCUGGGCACACCGCCGGACUUACACCUGGAUAAUUCAACGGGCGCAUGUGCUGUUUUCCUGCACGGCGCAUCUAAGAAUCUCGCUUUCCCCGGCGAUAAUCAUGAGACUGCGCAGGGUACGUGCGCGGAUGCCAUGGGCUCUUCAUGCGUCGACGCGCUGGUCUCCCGGGCCAGGACCUUGGUAAAUGGGUAUAAUAGUGGCAGCGAGAAUCUCUCCGUCUCGGAGGCCUGCUCGAGACUGCAGAGGGAUCUGGAAGAUAGUAACGACGAAGCCUGUGCUCGGAUCUCGGAGGGGCAUUGGAGUAAUUUUACCAGCGCCGCUUUAACUGGCGAGGAUGCACCACAACCCAUCAGCCAGCAGCAAAACUCAUCGUCAACCUGCUGGCCUGUCAUCCCGAAGCAAGACGAUCUCACCUUAAUUAGCCAGUACAACUACACAGGGGAUACCACCUUUAACGAUUUGGAAAAGGCCACCUGGGCUAUCACGCCCAUAAUCACCGUCUUCUACUCAGCUGGUAGCGGAAGUCUAGUCACUGAUACCGAAGCUUCUAUGUCCUGCAUCAAAGUCGUGGGACCCCCGAGAGCCUCUCUGGCUACUAUAAACAAUGGCUCCAGCGAUGAUGACGGUAGCGGGGCAGUUGGCCUGUCGUCGUCGCAGUCGGUGUUAUCAGCUGCGUUGUUUGCAGCCGUUGCAGCAUUUUUCAUUGGUAUCUAGCAUGAUAGGUAUUGCAUUGGCGUUGGGUAUGCACUUCGGGUCUGAUUGAAACUACGAUAUUUAUUCCUGGGUACGGCGAGUUAUUAUAAAUAGAAUAUAAGGCUGGCUAUAAAAUAAUACUGUCUAGGUAGUAACGAACUAUGAGGAGGCUGAGAAGCGCAAUUCAAAGAAUUUACUCCUAUUCCGAACUCUUCGUCACUUGGCGC